GAUUGUUUGCUGCUCGCUGUUGCUUCGGCUUACAUAGCCGUCGCCGAAACUCGUUGGGGAAGAGCAGUUUUUCUGCUGUCAUCUAUCAGUGAAGUUGUGUUGUCGUCGUCGUCGUCGUAGUAGCCGUCGCGCGGUCCAUUGUCAGUUAUUUAGUUGUUCGUUGCCUUAACCCAUGCGUUUGGGUUUGGUUUGCCGUUUUUCGGCUGUGUGUUUUUCAACGUUACUUUUAUCGGUGCGGUAUUCUGUGUAAAGGAAAUUUAGAAGAAAAAAUAAAUUUUAUAAAAAAUUCGCACUCGAAUUGCUUGACGCGUGUUAUUGUGCAUUUUUAGUGUGAAAUAAGCGUAAGCGUAUAUAAAAUAAAUAAAGCGGCGUGUGUGUGUAGCGGUAUUCGCGAAAGAAAAACAACAAGAAAUUGCAGUGCUCGCGCAACAACAGCAAAAAAGCAAUCUGCUAAACCAACUUGCACGCUCCGUGUUCUGCCCGCAAAACCGUGUUACUUGGCUGCCGUCUGCUAAACGCUGACGCUGCUGCUGUUGCAUUUAAAUGAGAACCACAGCGACGCCAUUCAGUCUGCACGUUUUCAUCGUUAUCAGCCGGGAUUAAGGCUUAAGGAUUAAAGGUGCUUCAACUGUGACAAGGAGCAUCAAGCAAAUGCAAGAAGGGGAGCAGCAGCAGCAACAACAGCGGAGUGUAUAUGUGUAGCACAGCAUCACAAAGCAUCACAUAUUAUAUUUCGUCUCAGCAAAUCAGCUGUCAAGCAGCAGCAAGCUUUAAUCCGCCAUAUUUGAGCUCACAUAGGCUUCGGUCUCAAACAGCGCUACCAACCCACCUGCGUCUUUAGCGCUCAGUGUGCCCGCGAAAGCGGUACUUUUAAGUGGAUAAUUUACUUUGCCUCAUAAGCAUAUGCAUAAAUGCAUAUAAAUAAGCGGAAGUCACCAUAGUACGUGCUUGUGUGGUUGUGCUGUAGCCGGCGUCUGUGCAUUGCUGGCAAAUCUCAACGUUUCCGGUUUUGCUGCGUUGCAGUAUUUAUGAAUAGUGCGGCAAGUUGAGUUUGUUAAGGGGAGAGCUCUUCCAGCGAACAUUUUCAGUGAACGUUACGCUAUGCUUUUCUUACGCGCGCAAAACAUUUAACCAAGCGCUUACCCUUUGAAUACUCUAAAGACGCACUCCGUUUUGAUCACCAGCGACGCGCCCACAAAUGUCUGACGAAGUGCCUUCGGGGCGCUUAUCGCAAAUCUUCGAUUCGCUCACCAAUCUACAACAGCAACAAGUGCUACAAGCGCGCCGCCGCUCUGCCUCGUCAUCGUCGCCUUCGCCAGCGAAUUCUGGCCGCGCCACGCCAUCCACUGCCAGCGCUGGCCAACAGCCUUUUGCCUUUCACCAUCAGCACUUCAGCAACCAUGCGCAUGCGUAUUAUAUGCGCGCGCAAGAUGGCAACGCGUAUAUGCAUACCUUUCCGGCGGCGGCGGCGACGCAAGCGCACCACCAUCAUCAUUUGCAUCACAUGCAAUCGGCGCACUACUAUGCGCAGCAACAAAACGCACAACAGCAGCAGCUUUACUGUGGCGCGCAGCAACAGCAAAUGUCAUUGCCUCCCAUGUAUGCCUCACAGUCGUUGAACUCAUCGCCUUUGCUCACCAAACGCGCCACAUCCUUUAGCGGUAACAUGCCCUUAACGCGUCCGCACUGUGAAAAUAUUGCCGCUAUACGCAUCUCUGCAGCCACAUCAGGCGCGAGUGGCAAUGUCGUCUCGCAAUCGACUCCAAAUAGUCCGCGUUUAAUGCCGCGUCGUGUGCAGCGUCCACCACCUAUACCGGCAAAGCCAAGCACGGCAUCGUUGCAAAGUGCUGGUGGUGGCGGUAGUGGUGCUAUGGCUAAGAAGCCCGUGUCGGCCACCGGCAGCGAUGCAUCUGAAAAGUCAGACUCGGGCGCGGCGCAGUCGGCUGCCGGUGCGGCGAUUAAUCCUGGUUUAGCCGCAUUAGAUACCGAUGCGCCUUGGCCGCAUUUCUCUACGAUCACUGAACAUUUGGACGUGCAUCAGGUGAACAACUACGCGCAACCAGUGCCGGAGAUUAACUGGCAAGAACGCUGUCUGGAACUUCAACUCGAGCUGCAUCGCUCCAAAAAUCAAGCUGGCCGCAUACGUGAUAUGCUACGUGAAAAGUUAUCCGAGUUGGAGCAGCGCGUCGUUGAGGCGGAAGAACGUGCUGAAGAAGCGGAAGAUAAGGUGCGGGCUAUGGAACAGCGGCUGAGUGAAUGGCCCAAACCACCACAGUCAGCCACCAACUCGCCGAUCCAUCAAAGCCAACAACAGCAACAACAACAAUCGACAUUAACCGCACAGCAAUCAGCUAGUCUUCCCACCCAAGAGGCUGAGAAAACCAUCACCUCAUUGGAGAUACAAGUUGAGGAGCAACGUCAAUUGCGUCUACACGACGCUCGACAAGUCGAAGCCAAAGCGGCCAAAAUCAAAGAAUGGGUCACCAAUAAACUACGUGAACUCGAGGAACAAAAUCAAUUGUUACGCGAACAGAAUGUUAAAUGUAAUCAACAAUUGGAGCUAUUAAAAAAUCAUAUCGCCAAUCAAUCGAACCGACACAGCAUUGUCGGACCACAUCCAGUGCGCAAUAGUCUGAGUUUGGAUGUGCAAGAAUUUGCCGAUUCGGCAGAGGGACGUAGACGCAGCGAAAGUUUAGAUCCGCAAGAGAUCAUCAAUCGCCCAUUAACCGCUUCAUAUCCACAUCAUCAGCAUCGACGCAAUCUCAGUAUGGAACCGCAAGAGCUCGAACGUAAUUUAGUUGCGGCUGUAGAUGGUUUAACGCUCACACCACUAGCCAGCAUCUCGAAAGCGUCCACAACGCGACCGGAUAGCUCGGAUACCGAUACAGCGCACGAUUACGCUGAGAUCUAUACACCGUCGUGUGAGAAGCUGCCCGCCUGGAUGAAAAACAAUCCAGCGUUGAUGGCGAGCGGUGGCAAUUCGAGCACCACAACCACUACCAGUGAUCUGGGCGUACCACGUCCCCCCACGCCACCAUUACAUCGUUUUCCCAGCUGGGAGGCGAAGAUUUAUCAAGUAGCCAACGAUGGGCUGAUUGGCGUGAGUGAGGAGAACCUAGUGCAACAUCAGCAGGAUGUGCAUCCAACGCAGACGCAGUCACAACCGCCACCCGACAUACAGGAGUCCACAAGUGGCGCGGCGUCGGCAGGCAGCAAUAGCGCCUGCAAUACGCUAGCGAACGGCGGCGGUCACGGACGUGCGACACCUUCAAACAACGGCACAUUGGGCAGCACGCGCGGUGAGAGUGGCGCUGGCGGUAAUGGCGUACCGGGCACACCACAAUUGCCCACACGUCAGCAGCAGACUGCAAGCGGUGGUUUCUGUGAUAUAUCGGUGCCCGUUUAUGCCACCGUCAAAGGGCGCGCUUCCCAAAUACGUUCCAUGCCCUUUACGGGCGACUCCAGUGAUGACUCGAGCGAUGGCGAAGAUCACGCCGUUAUGCUUACGCACAAUUCACACAACUCAUCGAGCACCGACAACACUGAAACAUCCACGUCGGGUAGCGCAUCGAGUCCUUCGAAGAGUCUAAAGACAUCGUCGAGUUUGAGCCCGGCUAAGCGCAGCGGUUCAGAGAGCCCAAAGAAUACGAAAGCUCGUGCUCACCAAAUGCACAUAUCCACCACACAUUACACCAACACAAAUAACAAACACAACAAUCAUUACAACACAUUGCACACAUACAACAAUACACAACAUUUGGGUCCUUACACCAAUACAAAUACAUUACCAUUACCAAAUCACAACAACAAUGCCAACAAUCACGCGACUACCAACAAUCAUCUACGUCUCCCCCACAUGCGUGGAACAGUAAUUUCAGAUAUUUCCUUUGAAUCAGGCCUGUCAGAUGAUUACGCUUUGCCGCCGGAUGCGGUAUCAGAGUCCACAUGCAUGGACGCCUCCAUGCCGUCGCUGCUAAUGCGACAAUCGUAUGUGGAUUCGCCCAGCAAGAAGAUCGAAUCGCUCGAAAAGAUGGGUCAUCUCGCCAAACUCGGUGGCAAACUAAAGACAUGGCGUAAACGUUGGUUUGUGCUUAAGAAUGGCACACUUACCUAUUGGAAGAGCCAACACGAUGUGAACCGUAAGCCGCAAGGUCAGAUCAUGUUGGAUGAGGCGUGUCGCAUUAAUCGCGCCGAAGGUGCUUCCACUUUUGAGAUUGAUACUGGCAAGAAGGUCUACUAUCUCACCGCCGAUUCGAAUGCCACUAUGGAUGAUUGGAUACGCGUGCUGCAGAAUGUGCAGCGUCGCAAUGCGACCAAGCUGCUGUUGAGCCGUGACGAUCAGAAGCCCACCAUACAGGGUUGGGUCACAAAAGUGAAGAAUGGACAUGCGAAGAAAUGUUGGUGUGUGCUUUUGGGUAAAAUGUUCCUCUACUUUAAGGCGCCCGGCGAGACGAAUCCGCUUGGUCAGAUAAAUAUGCGCGAUGCACGCGUCGAGGAAGUCGAACACGUUUCCGACUCUGAUUCGGAGGAGCGUGAAGAGCCGACACAGAGUCAAGCACGUCUUACCGUCGCCAUUUAUCCAGCACAUCAAGGUCCCACAUACCUUAUACUACCCGGCAAGCAGGAACGUGAUAAUUGGCUAUACCAUUUAACUGUGGUGUCGGGUGGUGGUCCAAAUGCGGGCACACAAUACGAGCAACUCGUACAAAAACUUAUGGAGACUGAUGGAGAUCCCAAUUGUGUUCUAUGGCGCCAUCCAAUUUUAUUGCAUACCAAAGACGCCAUCACAUCACCGCUUACCUCGCUACACUCAGAAGCCAUGCAGCCCGAAGCUAUCAAAUUGUUUAAGAGCAUUCAACUCUUCAUGUCAGUGGCUGUUAAUCAACCCGGCAUCGAUUAUCACGUCGUCUUGGCACAAAAUGCCCUACAACACUGCCUGGAUAUGCCCGAACUGCAAACGGAAAUGAUCGGCAUAUUGGUGAAGCAGACAUCACGGCACACGGGCCAGAAGCUUAGUGUCGGCGUCCAGGUAAACAAGAAACUGGGCAAGCAAACGCGCCAACUACUACUGUGCGCCACGCAAAGCCUCUUUACUUGUGAUACACAGCAAGGUGGCGCCGCACAGGCCAACGGCAGUUCACCAACAUCCAUACAGGCACCCGCCCCACCACCCAUCAUCGAUUGCAAAUCAAAUCCACCCGCCUACUCGUUCGUCCAAGGCUGGCAGUUGCUCUCACUCGCCGUCUCGCUGUUUGUACCCAAAUCGAGCCGUCUUCUAUGGUAUCUGAAGCUGCAUCUCUCGCGUAAUGCAGACACGAAAACUGAGACGGGUAAAUAUGCGGCCUAUUGUGAGCGCGCAUUGGAGCGUACAUUAAAGAAUGGCGGCCGCGAGACGAAGCCCUCACGCAUGGAAGUGCUGUCUAUAUUGCUGAAGAAUCCAUAUCAUCACUCACUGCCACACGCCAUACCGGUGCACAUGAUGAACUCUACUUAUCAGGUCGUCUCUUUCGACGGCUCGACUACAAUUGAAGAGUUCCAAACAACACUCGCGCAGGAGAUUGGCACACGCGACGCCACCAACGGUUUCUGUCUCUUCAGCGACGAUCCAAUCGAAAAGGAUCUCGAACACUAUCUCGACCCGCUCGCCAAACUCUGCGACGUUAUCUCAAAGUGGGAGACUGCUUUGCGCGAAAAAGGUUCCGGUAAAUUCGAAAAUACACGCGUCAUACAGUUGACCUACAAGAAUCGUCUCUACUGGCGGCACACAGUCAAAUUCGAAACGGACAAGGAACGUCUGCUAUUUUGCUACCAAACGAAUGCACAGAUAGUGCAAGGACGCUUUCCGUUGUCGCGCGAUCUAGCGCUCGAGUUGGCUUCGCUGAUGUCACAAAUCGACAUGGGCGACUACUCGCACGAGAAAUCACGCGGCACGGGUAGCAAUGUUGGCAUCAAAGCGCUCGAUAAAUUCUAUCCCUACCGCUAUCGUGAUGCGCUCAAUGCCGAGCAACUGAAGGAGGUGCAAGAGCUGCUAAUCUCGAAGUGGAUGCUGCUCAAGGGACGCUCAACGCUCGACUGUGUGCGCAUCUACUUGACAUGCUGCCGCAAGUGGCCCUACUUCGGCGCCAGUCUUUUCCAAGCCAAACCCCGACACUCCGAACAAGCCAUGGCCUGGUUGGCCGUUUCCGAGGAUGCGCUCAAUGUGCUCGAGCUUAGCUCGAUGACGCCAAUGGCACGUUAUCCCUACACCUCGGUAAUGACUUUUGGCGGAUGUCAGGAUGACUUCAUGCUGGUCGUCUCCAACGAGGAUACGCUGGCCACUUGUGGUACACAAGAGCAAAAACUGCUUUUCGCUAUGAGCAAACCAAAGAUACUCGAAAUAACGCUUCUAAUCGCCGACUAUAUGAAUGCUCUUGGCCACACCGUGCCCGGUACGCCACAAAUGAAUACGCUCACCCGCAAUGGCUCACAUCGUUCGCUACGUUCACGUCCUGCCGGCGGUGGCACUGGUACCGGCACCGGCACGGGCACAGGACUCGGUGGUUGCGGCACCACUACAGCCGGCAUGUCCACCAAUGCGACCACAACGGCGCAUAACACGCUCAACUCGCAUGCCACACACACGCUCAACUCAACACAUUCGCAUACGCUGAGCUCGUCGCACUACAGUGGCGGUGGUGGUGGCAUCGGUGGUACACAUGUCGGUAGUCAUCAGGGUACCAUGAGCUCAUCACACGGUCACGCGCAUCACCAUCAACCGGAUAUCUUGAAGAGUACGCCCGAUCAUCAGCGCAUCAAGUAGAACAAACGUAAGUGUAAAUAGACUAGUGUAGACAUUAGGUGGUUAUUUAUUAUUAUUGCGCGCCAAAAAGUAUGUUAAGUUUACGAUUAGGGAUCAUUGACCCAAGAAUAAUAUUUUAUAUUCAGUUACACUAUUUCUAUGAAGCCGAAGUGACUCAGAGCCUACAUCCCCUCAUUCGAGCUAUCCAACUUUGCUCGGCCAGGUUUCGAUGGUAAAUAAAAAAACCGUAUUUCGGCUAAACGAGGCACGUUAUUGCCGUGAGAUAAAAAAAAGCAAAGAAGUAAAAAUUUAUUUUCAUAUAGAAAGCACCAAAACUUUGUGAAGCUUUUAUAAAAAGAGUGCGAUUGGUAACGCUUUCAAAAAAAACAGUUUUUCCUGACUUUAAACAUUUAUUUUCAUCCAUAGUGCUCCAAAAGCUUUGUAAAGUUUUUAUAAAGCUUUUGAAAAAAUAUCGACAUUUUCAUUCCUGGGCUCGGAAGUCUUCCAGUGCCGAUGAAGUAUUCAGUUUAACCCUAAAAGCUAUAACGAAAAGUCCCAAAAGUUUUCAAUCGUAUCUAAUUGUACAUUAUACUCGUAACUUUCUUCUUUUAAUUUAUGACGAAGCUAUUAAAAAUUAUCAUAGGUUAUUUACGAAAGUAAUGUCUAGAAUCGAAAGUCGAACUGCUAUGUUUCCUAUUUAUAAAACAAUAACAAAAAAGUGGAAGAAAAAUUAAAAACACAAAUUUUAAAAGGCUUUAUAACGGUAGUUUGGUGCUGCUAAAGCACUAGCAAUUAAGACAGAAGCUUUUACAUUUUUCAAGCUUGUAGCUUUUUCAAAGUAGUAGAAAAAACCGGCAACUUUGAUGACUUAUGAAAGCUCAGUAAAGCCCAGUACCCUUUCGCUAGCUUUUAUAUUUCUUUAGAGCUUUCAAAAUAGUUGCGAAUUGUCUUAAACUAAUUUUUCUCGUGAUUUUUUUAUUAAAGUUAUUCCAUUCUUAACGUUUAAGUAGUUUUCGAAGGCUUUUACGUAACUUAUGAAAGCUCAGUAAAGCCCAAUUCUUUAGAGCUUACAAAAAAAACUUAAAACUAAUUUUUCUCAUGAUUUUUUUAUUAAAGUUUUUCCAUUCUUAACGUUUAAAUAGUUUUCGAAAGCUUUUACGUAAAAAACUCUGCCAUACUCAUAUAGCUUAAAAGCUAGAUUGAUAUAAAUUAUAAGCUUGCCCUAAAUUGUCCACAAUUUGAUUAAAAUUGUAUGAAUUUAAUGAAGUGGAUAGUAACUUUAAAAAGCUUUCGGAGCUUGAGAAUUAUGAAGCUUCAAAUGUUACGAAAACGUCAUUAUUUGAAUAUUUUUACACAACUAUUUUUAGAAAUAACAUAAUUUUAGAAAGCUUGUUCGAAAGUAAAAUGGUUUUCAAAAGUUUUACGUCAAAAAAUACUCCAUAAAAGCUCAUAUAACUACAAAGCUUUUUUACAAAUAAUAUGCGUGUAUGAAGACGUGUACAAUUUCAUUACAAAUUUUGUGAAAUUAAUAUAAAAAAGCAACUUUAAAAAGCUUUCGAAACUACAGAGCUGUUACUGAAAUGGGUGUAAAAGCGCACAUUUUACGUAAGUGUAAACAAUUGAAUGUUUUUACGUAACUUUUUUUGAAAUGGCAUAACUUAAGAGAGAUUUUUCAAAGCUUUCAAGGUUGUGACGUGGCUUAAAGCUUUAACAAGAAUUUUUGGGUGUUACGUAAGGUUAAUUUAAAUGUUUUUACACACAUUUUUUUGUUAAAAACAGUAAUUUUAGAAAGCUUUUUCAGAGCUUUCAAGCUUGUAUCUUUGCUUAAAAGCUUUGACAAAAAUUUUUUCGUGUUACGUAAGUUUGAUUUGAAUGUUUGUAAGCAAAUUUUUUUUUUGAAAAAAGCAUAGUAAUUUUAGAAAGCUUUUUCGGAGCUUCCGAGCUUGUGACGUUGCUUAAAGCUUUAACAAAACUUUUUGGGUGUUACGUAAGGGUAAUUUAAAUGUUUUUACACAACAUUUUUUGUUAAAAACACAGUAAUUUUAGAAAGCUUUUCUAAAGCUUUCAAGCUUGUAUCUUUGCUUAAAAGCUUUGAUAAACAAUUUUUCGUGUUACGUAAUUUUGAUUUGAAUGUUUGUAAGCAAUUUUUUUUUGAAAAAAGCAUAGUAGUUUUAGAAAGCUUUUUCAGAGCUUUCGACUUAAAAAGCUUCAACAAAAAGCUUUGUCUCUUUUCGAAUAAAUUAUUUGCUAAUGAUUGUUUAAUUUAAUGUCUAGCUUUAGUUAGCAACAAAGUACCGUUACAAAAGCUUACGAAAUGUGAAAUCAAAACGAAUGAGAGUAUAAAUAAAAGCAAAAACACAUACAAAUGUAUAUUUCAUAGCUUAGUUGCACUCAUUGUUAUGCUGAAAGUCACAAAUAGUAUUUUUGCUUAUUACUGGAAAGAGAAAUUUUCACUACAAAUUUAUUAUAUUUAUAUAUAUUUGAACAUAUACACUAAAUGUAUUGUAAAAUAAAACAAAAUAUUAAUUAUACUACAUGCAAAACAUAAAAUAUUGAAUUGCUGAAAAGUUAAGGAAAAAUAGCAAUAAAAUUUUAGAACAAAUAGUAUUAGCUUAAAAUAAAAUAAGUAAUUAUUAUUAUUAUUAUUAUUGUAUAUGUAACUGUUUGUAUGACAUUUUGUCCCGCUGCGUGACAUGGCGAUAUAUUUAGCUAACUGGCUUACAUAAGUACUCAUAUUAUAUAUAAAAAAAAUAUAUAUAUACAAAAUAAAAUUAAAAUACUAAAUUUAGCAUUGUAAAUAAUUUAUAGUAAACAGAAAUGCAAAGAAAAAAUUUAAACAAAUGAAAAUUGUAUGUGUCGAAGUAAUUUUUGAAAAUAUUUCCAAACUCGAAUUUGUCUCUACAUACACAAAAAGAAA